AUGGCGGACGAACUUGACACAAAUCGCAUCAAAGACUGGCGAUCGAUCAUCACCCUGAUUGUCUUUGUGCUCGCCAAUAUUGUCGUUCUCUUCCCCUUCCACGUCCCGAUUUACAUUCCUCGCUCUUUUGCAAAUGCGAUACUACGUGGCCUGAGUUCACUGCGAGUGAUUGAACCCCGUCAAUAUGGCCACCAUGAUGGCCGAUUUGUGCGCCUCAACUUCCCCUUCAACUUCGUCACGGCGCCCUUAAUUGCAGAUCUCUUCCUUCUGGCCAUUCUGGCGAUUGGACGCAAGGAGGUGCAUGAUGGGACCAUCGAGGCUGACAAUAUCUCGCCCAUUGAUAUUAUGGUCUUCUUUUUCUCCCUUGCAUAUAUCGCCAUCUCCAUUGAUGCGUCCGGCCUCAUCCGCUACCUAGCCUUCAAGGUGCUGCAAAAGGGCGGCAAGGUCGGACAUCGCCUGUUCUUCUAUCUUUAUGCAUUUUUCUUCAUCCUGGGCAGUUUCAUCGGUAAUGAUCCUAUUAUUCUGUCUGGCACCGCGUUCCUGGCCUACAUGACCCGGGUGUCCAGCAAUAUCGUGCAUCCUCGAGCGUGGAUAUACACCCAGUUCGCCGUCGCCAACAUCGCAUCGGCCAUCUUGGUCACUUCGAACCCAACUAACCUUGUUCUGACGAGUGCGUUCCAGAUCAAGUUCAUUGAUUACACGGCGAACAUGAUCGUUCCCGUUGUUAUCACGGCGAUCGUGCUGUUUCCGUUUUUACUGUACAUCAUCUUCGCCGACGAGUCGCUUGUCCCGUUAUCAAUCGAAAUGCACGAACUUCCAGAGGACGUCAGAUCCAAAAAGCCAGUUAACCCUAAUAUCCCAAAUGCGCGUGGAAACGCGGAGGAGCAGGAAAAGGAGGCGGCGGCGACCGGCCAGGAAGAUAAACUGCUGUCCCUCGAGGAGAUCCUUAACCCUUUCCUUGACAAGAGAGGGGCGGCCUUUGGUGCCGUCAUCAUGGCUGCGACACUCAUUACUGUACUGGCUUUAAAUGCAGCAAGUCAAGGCCGUACUCAUCCUGUCUUCUGGGUCACUCUGCCGGCUGCGUUUGUGCUCUUUUGCUGGGAUAUCGCGUAUGGGUGGCAUCACCGCCAUGAGACCCGCAACAUCGCACGGAAAGGCCGAGAGGACGUGGAACGUAUGCGGGCGCAAGGAAUUUUUCACGGUGAAGAGAUGACCAGUGACAGUUCUGAUCCUCAGUCUACAGGAGCGUUGAGAGUUCCUUCAGCAGUGGUGCUUGACCCGAUGGACUGUGAAGCAUCCAUUCCCCCGUCUACUGCAUCAGCUCAGGCAUCUCCUAAUGUUAUCAGUGCGCUGGAUGAAAAGCAAGGGUUGGGCCUCGCAAACGUCAAUUCUCUUCUGCCAAACCCAGUCAGUCCUGCCAAGGCAAAGGAAAUGCAGCCACCCUUGUCGAAUAUAACCGAGCAUGAUAAAAGCAAGACACUGGAGUCCCUCGCGAUUAGUACCUACCGCUGGCUGCAGGAGACAUUUCCAACUGUUACGGCUGUAGUUUCACAUAUGCCUUUUGCGCUAGUCCCAUUCGCCUUUGCCAUGUUUAUCCUCGUGCAGGCACUGGCCACUAAGGGAUGGAUUGAGGUAUUUGCAUACGGAUGGGACCAUUGGGUCAACCGAACUGGCACUAUUGGGGCCAUAGGCGGAAUGGGCUUUCUCUCUGUGAUACUGUGCAAUUUCGCCGGCACCAAUAUCGGCACAACCAUCCUUCUUUCACGAGUGGUCCAGACAUGGCAAUCCAUCCACGAGGCAAAUGGCAUUCCCAUCAGCGACCGAACAUUCUGGGCCACGGUCUACAGCAUGGCUCUCGGGGUCAACUACGGGGCGUUCAGCACGGCUUUCAGUGCCUCGCUGGCUGGUCUGUUAUGGCGCGAUAUCCUCGCGCGCAAGCAUAUCCAUGUUCGCAGUUUGGAUUUUGCCAUGGUUAACUUGCCUAUCAUUGCUAUCUCUAUGGCUGUUGGGUGUGCGGUGCUUGUUGGUGAGGUUUAUAUUAUGCGCGACAAUUCUCCAUAUAAUUCGUAG